AUGGAAAAGCAGAUUGGGUUUGACGAGCGGACCUACAAGCUCCCAAAGUACACCAAGAGCAGUGGAAAGAUCAGCAUCCACGGGCGGCUCCUGAGCAGCUACAUCCUCCACCUCAUCGCUAGCAUCGUUCUGGAGGCCCUCUUCAUCUGGGGCCAGUACUACCUCUACGGCCUGACUCUGGACACUCGCUACAUCUGCCACCGCUUCCCCUGCCCGCACAAAGUGGACUGCUUCCUGUCUCGCCCCACCGAGAAAUCCAUCUUCAUCUGGUUCAUGCUGGUGGCCGCCAUCAUCUCUCUUCUGUUGUGUCUGAUCGAGUUUUUCUACAUGUGUUUUAAAGUAGUGAAGGAGUGCGUGUCCCGGAGGCAAGACUACACCGUGACCCCCGUGACUCCGCCUCUGAAGGCCUACAAAAGCCACGACGAGAUGAUCCAAAACUCAGAACUCAAAGGUCCUCUGCAGUUAGCCAUCCGUCCUCACACACACACUCCCAGACCGAUCUCCAAGUCCUCCACAGAUCCUCAGUGUUUGAGCCAGAGCAGCCGCAGAGAUGGGAGAGUGGGGGUCAGGUGCGGAGGAUCCAGGUCUCACUCCCGGAAGUUCACCUCGCCGGAGAACCCAGCCAGCCUGACCGGUCCCAGGUGGACCAACAGCGAAGAUCCCCUGAAGCAGAACAAGAUUAACCUGGAGAUGGAGAGCAACCAGAGCAUCGGGGGCAGUCUGGACGGAGCCAAAGAAGAGAAGCGACUUUUGGGCGGACAUUGA